GCUGACUUGAUCAUGUUUAUCUUGGAUGACUGGCUGCCGAAUAUCGUACGUUGAUAAAAGUUUAUGUUUUACGUGAAUGCCUUAAUAAAUUCCUGAAUGGUCAGUGUGCGGUUUAAUCGUAUGUCUGGUUUCCCUGUGAGAUUAACCUCAAUGCUGCCAGCAAUUACGAGUACAUAAGAUGGCUUUGCAUAAUACAAUUCUGAUGUUAGUAUCUGGUAUUCUGAUAGGAAUUUAUUUUCUGCCAGUUGAAAAAGAUGUAGUUCUAGAUGUAAAGUUAAAUGCCUCAUACGACUAUAUUGUUGUUGGUGCUGGUUCAUCUGGAGCAGUUAUAGCAAACAGACUUUCUGAAGAUCCAGAAAAAUCGGUGUUAUUGGUAGAAGCAGGAGGUUCCGAAUAUGGUAAUGAAGAUAUCAGUACACCUAUUAAAGCUGCAGCCGUAGAGAACACUAAAAAUGAUUGGUCGUUUUAUACUGUUUCACAGAAGUACUCACAUCAAAUGAAGCAAGACCAGAAAAGUUUCUGGCCCAGAGGUAAAGUCCUUGGAGGAUCUAGCAGUAUAAACUAUCUCACUUAUGUCAGAGGAAGUAGAUAUGACUACGACAACUGGGAAAAAGAGGGGUGUACAGGAUGGAGCUAUAAAGAUGUCUUACCAUACUUCUUAAAAAUUGAGGAUAUUCAGGCUCCUCAAUUUUAUGAUUCAGAUUAUCACUCGAGGGGAGGGUACUUAGGUGUAAGUGAAGUCAGAAAUACGCCACUUCCAGAAAUUUAUAAACAAGCUUCACAUGAAAUCGGUAUAGAACAUGUUGACCUGAAUGGAGAAAAUCAAAUAGGUUUUUCAUACAUGCAGUCGUCCAUGAAGAAUGGUGAACGUCAAAGUACAGCAAAAGCUUACUUAAGACCUGUUAUCAAUAGAUCUAACUUACACAUAAGUAUCAAUACAUUUGUAACAAAGGUAUUACUUGAGGGUAAAAAGGCUAUCGGUGUAGAAGUAAUUAAAGACAACAGAAAACUGAAUCUCUAUGCGACAAAAGAAGUUAUCUUAUCUGCCGGAGCCAUGAACAGUCCUGUUAUUUUAAUGUUAUCUGGAAUUGGUCCAAAGAAUCAUCUGACAAAGUUAAAGAUUACUGUUGUUGCCGAUUUACCAGUUGGUGAAAAUCUUCAGGAUCAUUAUCAACUUUUCGUGAAGUUUUUGAUAAACAAACCAUACAGUACUACGUCUGAUGCAACAGCCUCGUUGUGGAAUAAACUACAGUAUAAUGUAUUAGGAAAAGGAGUUAUGACCUCAACUGGUUUGGAAGGACAUAUUUUUGGUAGGAUGACAGACCGAAACAAGACAGAACCACUGUAUCCAGAUUAUCAGCUUGAGUUUUUCAGCAUUGCACAAGAUGAUCAAUAUAUGGAAUAUGGUAUACCAGUGAAUCAUAAUAAGUCUGUAAUAAAACUACUACAAACAAGAUCCAGUUCUAUGGAGUUUACAAUGCUUGCCAUUCAACAGCAUCCGAAAUGUACAGGUUACGUACGACUUCAGAGUACUGAUCCAUUCGAUUACCCCGAGAUUGACCCAAACUAUCUGUGCGAAUAUGAUGAUGUGAAGACUCUUCUUGCUGGUAUCAGAAUAAUGCGUAAAUUGGAAAAGACAAAAGCUUUUAAAGAAAUAGGUGCAACCUAUAAUAGAAUGGAUUUCAAGGGUAUCUGUGACACAGAAGAGUUUGACUCCGACGAAUACUGGGAAUGUAUCAUACGAUACUGGGGAAUGACAGGAUACCACCCUGCAUCAACAUGUCGCAUGGGGUCAAAGACAGACCCUACUUCCGUUGUCGAUCCACAACUUAGAGUAAAAGGCAUAACAGGAUUACGUGUGGCUGAUGCAUCUGUGAUGAGACAUUUAACAUCAGGGAAUACAAAUGCACCGUGUAUAAUGAUUGGCGAGAAAGCAGCAGAUCUCAUUAGGGGGAAAGAUACUGUCAAAGCUUUCAGGGAUAAGAUUAAACAUUUGGAAUUAUAAAGCAAACAGUUUUUUUUUAAAAGAGCAUUAUAAUAAUCUGUUGUAAAGUUAAAUUCAUUCUAAGGAGGUCAAACAUAAAUUUUGUAGAUUUAGUGUAUGGCAAAUGUAGACUUAACGUUUCUGAAGUAGUCGCAGUUGUAUAAAUCUAGCAUGUGGAUCUUGCUUUGUUCCAAUUGGAAUGUGUUAAAAUGUGUUAACUCUGCAUUUUAAAUGCCAAGAUAUAUAAUGAAAUAUCAGAAAUAUGUAUGCAAAGUAAUUAGUGUAUUUGCUGCUGACGAAUUUUCUUAUUUAUAUAUAUAUACGAUUA